AUGUCGGAUCAAAACAAGUAUAACAGCAAGCUCCAGGGCCAACGCGUGCUCAUCAUUGGAGGCAGCGCAGGCAUUGGCUAUGGAGUCGCCGAGGCAUCACUGGAGAAUGGAGCUCAUGUCAUCAUUUCAUCUUCGAACGAAUCUCGAGUCCAAGAAGCUGUCUCAAAAUUGCAGAAGGCAUACCCCUCGGCCGCUCAGCGUGUCGAGGGUUACGCAGCCAACAUGGGCGAUCAAGCCAGCCUCGAGUCCAACGUCGAGCAGCUCUUCAAGAAGGCCGGCUCGCUCAACCAUGUCGUCUUCACAGCAGGAGACUCUCUGGCCAUGAUGCCGCUUGAAGAUGCCACCAUGGAUAAGACUAUCCAGGCAGGCAUGGUCAGGUUCUUCGCACCUCUGAUGGUCGCCAAGCACGCAGCAAAGGUGCUCGACAAGAGCCCAACCUCAUCCAUCACCUUGACCACAGGCAACGUUAGUGAGAAGCCUAUCCCCAACUGGAGCGUCAUCAAUGGCUUCGCCACUGCCCUCCAAGGCUCGACAAGAGGUCUGGCGCUGGAUCUCAAACCCAUCCGCGUGAACUUGGUCUCUCCUGGAGCCGUGGAGACCCCACUGUGGGACGGCAUCCCAGAGGAGCAAAGAAAGCAGAUGUUUGAAUCAUUUGCGAGCAAGAUGGCAACUGGCAAGAUCGGUCAAGUGGAGGAUGUGGCCGAGGCAUUCCUGUACGCUAUGAAGGACAAGAACUUGACGGGAAGCAUGAUCAGUACCAACGGAGGUUCUAUGCUCAUGUAA